AUGACCAUCACUACCUCAAACAAUUUAUACGUGGUAAGCCAGUGCGGUUUGGGUUCAAGCAAUGGGCUAUCUGUUGUUCACAGACUGGAUAUUGUUUAUCAAACUCAAUUGUAUGAAGGCAAAUCAAAGAAAUUAGGAGAUGAUGAAAGCAUUAGUGGGCUUGGAACAUAUGUUGUCCCUUCAGAUGGUAUCUAUUCUUCAGACACCACAAUGCCUCAUAAAGUUUACUUCGACAGUUUUUUCACGGGAUUUUCUCUGGUGAAAUAUUUGCAGGACAUUGACGUUAGAGAAACAGGAACUGUUCGAUUCAACAGAAUGAACAAACGCCCUAUUGCAACAGACAAAGAGAUAAGGAAAAAAGAACGCGGGGUAUAUGACUACAGAUUUGGUUCCCGUAAUGAAAUUUUAGCUGUCACGUGGAAUGACAACAGUUGUGUAAGGCUUCUGUCUAAUCAUGAAACUAUCGAACCAAUAUCAGAGAUGAAGCAAUGGAGUAGAACAGAGAAGACAGAUAUUCAAGUACCACAAACCAAACUGAUAUCAGAAUAUAACAAAUACAUGGAUUUUAGGAGGAUGGUUGCUAGAGGAUAUCUUGCUUUAUCUUCAGAACUCUCAGAUGCAAAAACGGGUGGAAGGAAUUCUUUCACUAAAGCAUCAAUUAAUCGUGUUCCUACUGUUAUCCGAACAUCUGGUAAUCAUUAUAUUGAACGGACCGAAAAUGGUAAACAAAGAAAAUGUGCAGUGUGCAAAACAAAUGCAAGAAAACAAUGUGGCAAAUGUAAUGUUGGAUUACACGUAGACUGUUUUGAACGCUGGCAUUAA